AUGCCCGAGAAACCCUCGGUUGUGUCAUACGCCGCUGGCGCUUCUCUCGCUGCUGCUGCGCUGAUCUAUGUAUUCGCGCCGAACUUUUCCAUCGACCACGACGCUACGAGUUCUAAGAAAAAGUCGAUUGUUGGAUUAAGAAACCAGGCCAAUGACUGCUUCAUCAACUCUGUUCUGCAGGCUCUCGCCGGUCUAGGAGAGCUGAGGAUAUACCUAAUUCGCGAGACGCACCGUCGCCGUAUCGAAGACCCUGCCGUAUAUGCCAGUCUUGUCCAACCAGAAGGCAAAGAGAUCGCGCAAUGGAAGCUCCAGGGUCUACAAGAAGGGCUCGUCACACAAGGACUAAAAGAAAUGCUGGACGCGCUUAAUGAGCGGCCCAUCUACAGGAAGUCCAUCUCGCCGUUUCAGUUUGUCAAGGUUUUGGAGGCGGCUUUCAAGCAAAGGAUCAGCCGUCAACAACAGGACGCGCAGGAAUUUCUCCAAAUAGUUGCUGAGCGACUCAAGGACGAGUAUCACUGUGGCCAGCGAGCAAGACUACACGCGCGAAGACGCGGUCUAUUUCCCACCAGUAUCUCAACAGACACCGACAAGCCAGGUGAAGACAAAGACAAUGGUAAGGACAGCGAUGAAUCUUCACAAGAGCAACAACCUGAUACGAACGGCGACAACAAUUCUGCUAUCGAGCCUUCCGAAGAAACCGAGAUACCCCAGAUCAACGGCCAACUGCCUAUGGAGCUCGAGGAGGGCUUCCCAAUGGAAGGAAAGUACGAGUCCCGUCUCGAGUGCCAGACAUGCCGUUAUAAGACCAAACCUCGAGAGGAGACUUUCUGUACUAUCACACUGGCCGUGCCCCAAGUUUCAAGCACGACCCUCAAUGCAUGCUUCGAUGGGAUCUUUAAAACCGAGUAUAUCGAUGAUUUUAAGUGUGAAAUGUGCCGAUUGCUACAGACAAAGGCAGACCUAGAAGCUGAGAUGGCCAAGUCGACCUCGGACAGUUUCAAGGCGCAAGCUCAGGAGAAUAUCGACAAGCUCCAGUUUGCCAUAGACACAGACCCUGAGAACCCACCGGAAGAUAUUGAACUUGGAGAUAUCCGCUAUGCACCCAAGCGAAGGAUCGCAAAGACAACUCGAAUGUCCAUAUUCCCCAAGAUCCUCGCUAUUCACCUGUCUCGCUCUAUAUACGACGUACAAAUGACACAGAAGAACUCUGCCAAGGUGCUCUUCCCCGAGCAACUGCCCCUAGGCGGUUUGAUGGAUCAAAAGAGAUACAAGUUGCUCGGUAUGGUAACCCACCGUGGUGGGCAUAACAGUGGCCACUACGAAGCAUUUAGACGACAGAAUGUUGCUGCACCAUUCUCCAAUCCCAACACUUUCCAGCCCUCAGAAGCAUUUAGCAAGACACCGACCCCUAUAGGAACACCCGUGAUGGGCGGCGGGCCAACACACAGCCCGGCGAUUUCCACCCCCGACCUCCUCUCUGGUAAUUCAUCGACGCCUUCUCUAGAUUCAUUGCCAGUCCCACCUAGGAGUGUUCCCGAAGAUCUACGUGGCUCAACAAGCUUACCAGCAAUGGGCAAGCCCAAGGACCCCGAAACCAGCAGCCUCCGAUCUGUGGCAGCUUCGACCAAAUCUGCCCUCUCUAAGCUCGCAUCGCCCAAGCAGACCAACAGUAGCUCAUCGCCACCCAAACUCGUGCCAUCGAAUGUGUCGAAGCGAUCAAAAAAGCGCAAGGCAGCAUUAGACAAGUGGUGGCGUGUCAAUGAUGAGAAAGUCAAAGAGGCCAAGACAAGUGAAGUACUGGGUAUGCAGAGGGAGGUCUAUCUACUGUUCUACGAGCUCGAUAAGGAUGUUUGA